CAGAGAGUGAUGGGGAGCCCAUUCGGACUUGUAAAUAGCAGGGUCUCAGUGGCUGCAGCCGUGGGGAGUGUGGCAGAGGCCAGAGCCUGCAGGGGGCGGUGCUCUCAUCGGGCCAGGGCAGUGGGUCUGGGGAGAAGAGACCCCAAGAGAGCAACAUGCACAAUAUGUGCAGCAGCACAUGGCGAAGGGUCAAAGGUGUCUGAUGACCCCCAAGACUGGCGUGGGGGGGACCACUGUCUGGGACACAGCAGGAGGAUCUGGGAGCAAGCAGGGGUGAUAUGGGGGCACCAGAGAUGGCAGCCUGAUGCCUCUGUCCAGAGUCAUCCUCACUGAGAUGACCUCCCCAGGCUGGCUCCUCAGCCCAGCCUGACCCCACCAUGUGAGACCACCGCCACCCACCCAUCCAAGAGAGCAAGGGCCAAGGGCAGACGAGGCUGAAGUUAUAGGAUGUCUGAGGUUGCCCACGGCCAAGGGGUCCAACAGGGGGGCAGAGGAGCCUAAGAAGGAGUGGAGGGCGGCCUCAGGAGAGCCAGUGCAAAGGGGCCCCAGGGUAGGGGGUGAAAGAUGCUUGUGGCAAAAUCAGCAGGACAACCAGGGAGAAACGCCCCGCUCUGGAUUUGGUCACUGGGAGGCCAUCACAGAGCUUGGUGAGGGCGGCAGGGGCUGCAGAGGCCCGGCCUCCGGGAGCCGAGGAGUGGGGGAGCACGGCCAGGACAAGGGCAUGUUUUAAGGAUGGAGGAAGAGCGGGCACCUUUUUGGGCUGGGGCAGCAGAAUCAAAGGGGGUAACAGUGGGGGGCUGAGCCUCCCAGUCUGAGCUUCCAUGUCCCCCAGUUACUGGCAUGUCCUGUGAGGUCCCCUCCAUUGGCUACAUGUUCCUGGGUGAGGUGGCACUGGGCAAAGUGCACCAUAUCACCAUCGACGAGCCCAGCUUGAAGCAGCUACCCCCUGGUUUCAACAGUGUCAUCGCCCAUGGCGGCACCGAGCCUGAUCCGACCCAGGACACCGAGGUGGAGCUGGAUGGCCAGCGAGUGGCGGUGCCCCAGGGCCGGCCUGUGCCCUGCCCAGAGUUCGGCAGCUCCUCAUCCUCCCAGAGCGAGUACGUCAUUUACCAGGAGAGCCAGUGCCGCCUGCGGUACCUGCUGGAGGUGCACCUCUGAGCUGCCUGCCCCCCUACCCUGUCCCCCGGGGCCCUGAUGGGAGCAGACUGUUAUCCUAAACCCUGCCCAUCUCUGGUGCCCCCGUAUUACCCCUUCUUGCUCCCAGAUCUCCCUGCUGUGUCCCACACAGAGCUUUUCCCCCACCCCACCCUCCGGGGGUUCCACCCUGGCCCAGACCCUUCAUCCAAGGGGUGUGAUCACCACGGUGGGCUGAACUCCAGGCGCGCACAGGCGAGUAUAUUAAACAUUGUGUCCACUCAC